AUGCUCUCUGCAAAUGAAGAAGUCCCGGUAGUACCGGGAAUAUUUGACGUUCUCCGCUAUUUGGAGAACGAACCUGUAAUGCUACAUGCAUUACAGGAAUUUAUGAAUAUGAGGCAACACUGUGAAAGCCUGCUAUUGACCCGCUUGACCGAGGUAGAAGGAAGGCUGGCUGAGUAUGAAGGGCGAAAAGAAGUGGGAGAAGAGCGGGAUGAGGAAGAAGUGGAGGAGAGACCGGCACCUCAAGAGCCGGGAUUUAAUAUUGAAGAGGCAGAGUGGGCAUCUCUGCCGGAAAGUGAUGAUGAAGCCGAUUGGCUAGCGGAAGCAGAGCGUGCCCCUCUGCCAGAUAGCGAAGGCAGGGAAGAAAGCCCUGAGGUGCCGGUGGCAGGGGUGGAGGCAAGUGGUGAGGAACCGGAGGAGGAAAUUCGAGAGAUCGUCCUAAGAUCAAGGACGAUAAGAAUUACGGUUCCAACCACGAAUGCGACGUUGGCUACGGCAAUACCGGAAGCAUUCCGCCCCGCAGAUCUAGGGGAACUUCUGGAACAACUUCGAAGGGAGUUGGAGAUGCCGCAGGUGGAGCCGUACACGGUGGUACGGGCGGAAGGAAGUGUCAACAUCGUGUGCGGCAUCUGCAACAGGCAAUUUGAGACGCUGAAAGGGUGGCGCAUCCAUACGUCGAGGAUGCAUAAGCAGAAUGGUUUCUGUGCCCGUUGUGGGCAUUAUCUCCUGUUGCCGCCCUCAUUUACGGUUGUGCAGAAAACUGCUGCAAUGGAAUUACACGCCCUUGACUGGUGCCCAAGGGCAUGCGCAACCGUAAUGAAAAAAAGACAGGUGAAACGCCGCCGUCUGAAUCUUGUGGGGAGAGAAGAGGACACCCACCACCUCUUCGUUCCAGGUAAGGAUCAUUCAUCUAUGCCAUAA